AUAUUCCUCAACGAUGUAGAGUGCCAAUGUGAAUUACCCGAAUCGUAUGAAGCGUAUAGAAAACAACAGCACCGAUGGCAUUCUGGACCGAUGCAAUUGUUUCGUCUUUGUUUGCCUGAUAUCGUUCGAUCAAAGAUUGGCAUAUGGAAGAAAUUCAACUUGAUCUUCCUGUUCUUUCUGCUACGAAAGCUGAUAUUACCGUUUUAUUCAUUUACACUUUUCUGCAUUAUUCUUCCGAUGACGAUGUUCGUUCCCGAAGCCGUGUUACCUGCGUGGGUCGUAUGUUACAUUCCAGCCACCAUGUCUUUUCUCAACAUUCUUCCAGCACCAAAGUUCUUCCCUUUCAUUGUCCCUUACCUCCUUUUCGAGAACACAAUGUCGGUAACAAAGUUCAACGCAAUGGUUUCGGGACUUUUUCAACUCGGCAGUGCAUACGAAUGGGUCGUUACGAAGAAAUCAGGUCGAUCCUCCGAGGGUGAUCUCGUCUCGAUGGUCGGGAAAAAAGAGUUGAACACUGAAAAGAGUGCAUCAGCUACCAACCUUGAGGAGAUUGAGUUAAUACAAAAACAGGACAAGAAUUUGUCGAAGAAGAAGCAUAAUAGAAUAUACAUGAAGGAACUAGCAUUGGCUUUCCUUCUUCUAACAGCCUCAGCUAGAAGCCUUCUCUCAGCUCAAGGGAUUCAUUUCUACUUCUUGAUGUUUCAAGGAAUAUCCUUUCUCCUCGUCGGUCUCGACUUGAUCGGCGAGCAGGUUGUUUGAAACAAAAACUCGGAAACCGAUGACAUCUAAGUUCCAAAAUACACGGAGUUGAAAACUACGUACGUCUGUUGGCAACAAUGUUCCAUUUUCGAAUACUGAAUUGGUCGACUAAGAAGAAACAUUGUAGUACAGAGAGAACAGCAGAGAAAUGGUGAUGGUGUGGAAGAUAUAAGCAAGAUUCUUUUCUGAUAUUCCUUUUGUUUGGGAGGCAAUUCUUUACAAGAACAUUGGAGGAUUCAAACAUGAACAGAUAGAGAAUAGUAGCAGUCUGUGUUCUUUCUUUGUCUCCUUGUUUGGUUCUAAAUGUUCUGUUUUCUUCCCUUUGUUAAUAAAAUUCCUGUGAAUGCCAUUAGUUCUGUCAUUAUCAA